GCAGCCACUCACUGCGCAAAGCCACAACAACACAUACCUGCUGCCUCAUACCUGCUCCACAUUUACUCAUCAACAUGAGUCCUUAUUCUCCCAAAGCAACACCAUGUGGAUAACUCACGAGAGCAGAUAUUAAAAGAUUUAUAGAACUCUUCUGCACAAAGUCAGUUAUUUGUAGUUUUUCCACGCUCCUUCUCUUCUUCACUGGAUAUUUUUGUGUAAUUUAUAGGAUUUAACUGUUUUAUGACAUCAGCAUGGAUCCACUACAGGAUAUUAUUCGUCGUAAUCUAUAGCUUUGGACAACUGGACAGUUCUGAUCUAAAUCAAGUCUAUCGCUCCUGGUGAAUUGGAGAUUUACGUGCAGCUAUGGGAGAGAUCGGGACGUUUUUACAAAGCCUAGAAGGUUUCGGACAGGUCGGGUCACAGUUUUUUCUGCCACCUCUAGGAGAAAAUCUCGGGUUGCUGAACGAUCAUUUAGUCCCUGCCGAGAGACUGUCACGGAGCGCCGCCGCAGAUUUAACGCACUUGAAAGGGAUCUUGCGCAGAAGACAGCUGUACUGCAGGACUGGAUUUCACCUUGAAAUACUCCCAGACGGCACUGUACAAGGCACGAGAAAAGACCACAGUCGUUUUGGUAUUUUAGAGUUCAUAAGCCUCGCAGUUGGAUUAAUAAGUAUCCGUGGGGUGGACAGUGGUCUCUACCUUGGGAUGAAUGACAAAGGAGAACUUUAUGGUUCUGAGAAACUUACAGCAGAAUGUGUCUUUCGUGAGCAGUUUGAGGAGAACUGGUACAACACAUACUCUUCGAAUCUCUAUAAGCACGGCGAGAGGGGAUCAAGAUAUUUUGUGGCUCUCAACAAGGAUGGCACACCACGUGAUGGGACAAAGUCAAGGAGGCAUCAAAAGUUCACACACUUUCUUCCAAGACCAGUAGACCCUGAGAAAGUUCCAGAACUUUAUAAAGAGGUGCUUGGACACAGCUGAGACCGUCAGGUCGUUCCUAAAUGAGGAGAAAUGAUAAUGGUCACCUUUAGUGACAUGAAAAGUGAUCGAUAUCUGCUCUGGAGAGGCACAGGACAAAACUGAUGGUGAAGAAAAACUGAUGAUCUCGAAAGACGUGCAGAACAAACAUGAAAGCCAAGCUGUAGUUGUCCUGGUUGUUGAUCACCUGUGUGGUUUAAUUGGCAAGCAGCUUGGCAUGUCUACGAAAGCUAAACGGGGAUCUGGAUGUCGCUGCUUUGCUCUGGAAAUAUUUAGUAUGGGUUAAGAAGGACUUGAAGGAACAAUGUGAUGUUAAGAGAUGACAGAACUGGGACACUGAGGAACAGGAGAUGCCAUCUCACAAGAUGUUAUUUAUACAGUUCUUGAUACACAUAUUUAUUAUAUGUAUUUAUUUAUUUGAAAAUAUAAAUAUAUAUUUUUACAUAAACGUAGGGUUUUUAUGAGACCACACACAGUAAGAGGUGCUCUUUGAAAUAGUGACAAGCUGUUCUCUUUAUAUGACAGAAAAUGUACCUACUACAAAGUUACUUAUUAUCACUGCUAUGACGUUAUGGAGGGCAAGCAAGUAUGUGAUUGCAGAUGUAUGAAGAAUGCCAUAACACUCUGUGAUUUUAUGUGUAUUUGUUUCAAACACAAUUU